UUUUCGUACUAGAAUAUAAAAAUACUGUUUUCAUUUUUGUACUACUCACCACUCACUAGUGUACUGCAUCGUUUCUCCAUUUUUUAUUUCAACCGUCAACCUCUGCUGCUUUAAAUUUCGAGUUUCGUUUCUCAUAGCUGCUGCGCAUACUCUCAUCAGAAAUGGGGAGCAGUGAGAUGGAAAUCGAGAGAGCGGAUUUGGAGGAGACGAGAGAAGUAGCGGAGGAUGCGAAGAGGAUUCCUCCAUGGAGAGAUCAGAUCACAGUUCGCGGAAUCGCAGCGAGUUUAUUGAUCGGAAGCAUCUACAGCAUCAUCGUGAUGAAGCUCAACCUCACCACAGGCCUCGUUCCCAACCUCAAUGUCUCAGCCGCGCUUCUCGCAUUCGUCUUCAUCUCCACUUGGACUAAGCUUCUCCACAAGGCCGGUUACGUUGCGGCUCCUUUCACCAGACAAGAGAACACCAUUAUCCAGACCUGCGCUGUUGCUUGCUACAGCAUAGCUGUGGGAGGUGGAUUUGGGUCUUAUCUUCUGGGAUUGAAUAAGAGGACGUACGAGCUAGCCGGAGGAGGAGACACGGAGGGGAAUCCAACUGGGAGUUCCAAAGAGCCUGGGCUUGAUUGGAUGAUUGGAUUUCUGUUUGUUGUUAGCUUUGUUGGUUUGUUAGCUUUGGUUCCACUCAGAAAGAUUAUGGUUAUAGAUUACAAAUUACCUUAUCCAAGCGGAACUGCAACCGCUGUUCUUAUCAAUGGAUUCCAUACUUCUAAAGGAGAUAAGAUGGCCAAGAAACAGGUUCAAGGUUUCACCAAGUUCUUCACGCUGAGUUUCGCGUGGAGUUUCUUCCAGUGGUUCUAUUCGGGCGGGGAGAGUUGUGGAUUCAUCAACUUCCCGACGUUAGGGUUGAAAGCGUGGAAACAAACAUUUAUGUUUGAUUUCAGCAUGACCUAUGUAGGAGCAGGAAUGAUCUGCUCCCACCUGGUGAACUUGUCCUUGCUCGUCGGGGCUGUGCUUUCUUGGGGCGUUAUGUGGCCGCUGAUAAGUAACAAGAAAGGGGACUGGUUUCCCGACAACAUCAAGGAGAGUAGUAUGAAGAGUCUAAACGGUUACAAGGUGUUCAUAUCGAUUGCCCUCAUUCUUGGUGAUGGUCUUUACAAUUUUCUCAAGACCCUAUUUUUCACAGUCAGAAGCAUGCAUUCUGCAUUCAACAACAAGAAUAUCAAAACAGAAGACAAGAAUCAAAGCUUAGAUGAUCUUCGUCGGAACGAAGUAUUCAUACGAGACAGCAUUCCCAUUUGGGUGGCAUGUUUGGGGUACACGAUUUUCUCUGUGAUUUCCAUAAUUGUGAUCCCAAUCAUGUUUCCUCAGCUCAAGUGGUACUAUGUGGUGGUGGCCUACAUUCUCGCCCCAUCUUUAAGCUUCUGUAACGCUUAUGGAGCUGGUCUGACUGACAUGAACAUGGCAUAUAACUAUGGCAAAGUGGCUCUCUUCGUGCUUGCUGCAAUGUCAGGGAAGGAGAACGGGGUUGUUGCUGGACUAAUUGGGUGCGGUCUGAUAAAGUCCAUCGUCUCCAUAUCCUCUGACUUGAUGCAUGAUCUUAAGACGGGCCACCUCACCCUAACAUCGCCUAGAUCAAUGCUAAUCAGCCAGGGAAUCGGGACUGCCAUUGGCUGCAUAGUGGCGCCUCUCUCAUUCUUCCUCUUUUACAAAGCCUUUGAUGUGGGGAAUCCAGAUGGGGAAUACAAAGCCCCUUAUGCACUCAUAUAUAGAAACAUGGCCAUUCUCGGAGUUGAGGGUUUCUCCGCCCUGCCUCACCACUGCUUGCAGCUCUGUUAUGGAUUCUUCGCCUUUGCUGUGGCGGCCAACUUGCUGAGAGACACCAUGCCGGAGAAGUUGGGGAAAUGGGUUCCUCUCCCUAUGGCGAUGGCGGUACCUUUCCUUGUGGGAGCUUACUUUGCGAUUGAUAUGUGUGUUGGGAGCUUGAUCGUGUAUCUUUGGCAUAGAUUUGAUAGCACAAAGGCCAGCCUCAUGAUCCCGGCCGUCGCAUCGGGUCUAAUUUGUGGGGAUGGAUUGUGGAUUCUCCCUUCCUCCAUUCUUGCCCUAGCCAAGGUCAAUCCUCCAAUCUGCAUGAGCUUCUUUGCCACAAAGACCUCCUGACAAACCAAUGUUAGCAUUAGUCCUAGUAGCAAGAUGUAUAAUAACCCUUACAAUCAUUUUUGUCAGAUAUAUAAAUUACCAUCAAAUCACUGAAAUAAACUCGCAGUUAAUGUAAAGAAGCCUGACUUGAUGUGUA